AUGACGUUUGUCUGGAACCUCAUCAAUACCUUUUCGUUUCUUUGUCCAUCCGUCCCGUCACCGUCUUACUUUGCCGCUGCUGUCCUACCCAAACCGCGCCCAAGUACUCGCCACAUCUGGUCCUUUCCCUUCCUCGGUCCUAUUCACACUGAAAACGUCCCCGUCAAGCCUGGAGGCCAAUACCAAGAACCCUGGCGUCUCGGGUCGAUAGAUGUCUCUGGUGUCGCAAUCAAGAUCUUGACGCAAUCAGACGGCAUCUACACUCUUGUGGAUGGAAUUGACUUUGGCUAUUCAAUCGAGAACAAAGACAAGCUCAAGGCCUGGAUCCACUUGACCUCGGUUGGUGGAGGCUAUCUCCACCGCAAUCUCACUUUUCACAGCUGCACCUCUCAGUACAACUCCACUGACGUUGUGGCGCAUGAGUGCGAUGCAACAGACAAGGUGGAAUUGGUCCUAUGUGGGAUCACCCGCACCAUACCCGCCAAGGAGGUUGCGUCUCUUGAGCAGAUCCAAGCCUGUCAUCACCCCACUGACAAUGAUAUCGAGACAUCCAAUAAUCUGGAUUACCAUGGAUACUUUGAGCAAUUCCCAAUCGACAUGGCUGCGGACGAAUGCGAGGAACAGCUGCAGAAUCCCCAAUUCACCACUCCUUGGCUUUGCAACAACCACUGGCUCAACCCUUUGACAUGUAACAAAUUGAAGACCAAUAAUGAGCCGUCAGUAGACGGAAACCCCUUUUAUGGAGAUGACUCUUCAGUAGUCGUUUACGAGGUACUCAUCAUCACCAAUCCACCGGUCGUUCACAACUGUGAAGCUAGGGUGAUAUACCCGGGAAGACGAACCGUCCAUGCAUCGCCCACACCACGAGCCACGUACACUUUCCCGCUCAAAAGUCGCGAGCAGCGUACCUCGCUGUGCCAGGUGAUCGAGAAGUACCACCCUGGAGUCAUACCAGACUGCGACGAGGGAGUGGUCAAGGCCCAUGACCGCGCUCUCUAUCCUGAGAUAUGCGAUGCUAAGUACAAGCCGCUCUUGCUAGGCUGUUCUUGCGAGCAGGUGACCAGAAAACUCCGGGACAUGUGUCCAGAUAUUGUGAGCGACAUAAAGAUGAUUAGACAAGGAUACAAUAUUGAGCGCAGGGAAUGUUUGUACAACUUUUGCAAGCCAGCAAUCCCUGGGAUCGACUGUGUCCAUGCUGCAGGCAUGUUGAGAGUUAUGAUUGAAUCAUUGGGUGUGAGCUAUACCGAAGUGAUCAACGAGGACUUGGAAGGCUGCCCACCCACGUUGGUGCGUGCUCUUGACGGGCGCCCUAUAAUCUGCAUCUUGAGGCUCUGUGCUGCACUGUAUGCGGAAUCCGAGUGCGAAGUUAUUCAGGCUUUGCUCCAACAUAAUGUCAAGGCCGGGUCGAACCAGGACCUUGAAUUCAGCAUUGGUGACACCACCUGUGGCGACUAA